AUGUCCCUCAGCAGAGCUCCGGCCCGGGACACCUCUGAGACCCCCAGCCCGAGAGAACGCAUCCGCAGCCACAUGAAGAUGGUGAUCGACCAGCUGGACGGCAUACUCAAAGAGCUCAAGGAUGUGGCCAAGGAACUCCGGGAGGUGGUGGGUCAGAUCGAUAAACUAACGUCCGACUUUGACUUUGACCUGGAGCCAGAUGACUGGACGGUGGCCACCGCCAGCAGCACGUCCAGCAGUGAGCGAGGUUUGGGAGAGGCCUUCAGGCUGGACUUCCUCAAUGCAGAUGUGCUCUCUGAUAGUUGGGAGUUCUGCAGCUACCUGGAGGCUUCCGGCGCCUCCGCCCGCAUACCUGGUGAGCAACCGAGAGAUCUGCGGGCAGAGCUGGGACGCGGGACCAUCCCCACCCAGACGCAGACCCCCCCCGCCCCCUCCACUGCCUCGGUGUACUCCCAGAUGAACGGCGGGCUGCCCAUCCCCAAUGGGCCGCGCAUUAUUACUCCGGAUUCAUCCAGCGAGGAGGCCAGCAGCUCCACGCACAGCCACAAGACUUCUCGUACCUCCGGCACAAGAGAGAGGGUCCGCUUCAGUGACAAAAUUCUUUACCACGCAUUGUGCUGUGAUGAUGACGAGGAUGAAGAGGAGGAGGAGCAAGAGGAAUUACAGGAAGACAAGAGUGGCUGUGCUACGCCGGAUAGCGAUAGUGACGCCGGUCUGCCGACGAGCUCGGUAGCCCCCAAACGUUCUUCCUCCGAGCACUCACUCCUCCAUAACUGUCUGGACCCUUCCUAUGUCUCCUCGCCGAUGAAGGGAAUGAAGGGAGCUCACACACUACCCAGGAGAGGUCUCUUAAACCCCGGCUGCCGCAAAAAACUGUUACGAAAUAGCAGCACACAAACUGUCUCUGACAAGAGCACCCAAACUGUACUGCCCUAUAUUCCAACCAAACAGAAAACAAAGGACCACUGA